AUGUCAAAAGUGGCACUUAUGCAAAUCAGUGAGCUUAAAGGGUGUCUAAGCUUAUUGCAAGUAUGGGCAUGGGAGAGACUUCAUUUGAAGCCAAGACUAUGCACGCAUUUACAAUUAGAUGGACAAAUUCCACUGGGAUGCAGAUGGAAUGUCGAAAAAUGCUAUGACGAGACCCCGGCUAGACAAUUAGAUUUCUACCGGAAUGAGCUUGACCGUAUGAAGAUUUUUCAGAUGGAAUGGGAGCCCUACACCCAAUUUCUACCUCAGCUACCCCCAAUAUGCACAGAAUACCAAGUUGUAUGGAGAGCUAGAGUUCCUCUUAUAUGUUUGGAGAUAGUAGAAAUGCAUGUACCGGACCGCGUGCUUCGACAAUAUGGUCUUGCACAACAUGUUCCGCAGUUUGUUGAAAAGAUAGAGAGGAAGGCAAAGAAAGGAGGCCAACAAAUAAACUGGAUGAUCGUGCAUCAAGCUUUUAUACACAAAUGGAAUGAUAGGCAUUUUUGUAUUGUCAACCAAAUUGAACCAACUCCUCGGGAAUCAGAUUACUACACUUGGUAUUGGGACAUAACCCGAAGAUGGAUACUUCAUUCGACCACAAUACCGGUUGAGUCGCAAAGAGGAUAUGUGCCCCGGGGUAUAGAUGAGAGAGAAUUAGUAAGUAUUUUCAUAUUUUGAUUUAAGUCCAUUUUUAUUGGUACUUUAUGUGUUGAAAA